AUGUCUCAGUGGCCGUGGUCACGACAGGCCGAGAAGCAGGUGCUGGCUAGCGUGGUGGCCAUGGCGGCAGCGCAGGGAUACGGCGGCGGUGGUGGCGGCGGCGGCGGUGGCGGCGGGGGGCGGUUCAUCCCCAUCGUGAAGGACGACCGCACGCAGAACGCCUACGGCGAGAACACCUUCGAGUUCGAGGCCGCCAACGGCAUCGUCCGCUACGAGUCCGGAAAAGAAGACAACGGACACGUGCAGGAGGGAGGCUGGAGGUACCAGGCGCCAGAGGGCAUCCCUGUGGAGAUCACCUUCGUGGCCGACCAGGGGGGGUACCAGCCCCAAGGGGCCCUGCUCCCCGUGGCCCCGCCUCUUCCCUACCAGAGGACGCAGUCCUUCGGAGGAGCAGCAGGAGGCGGAGGAGGAGGAGGAGGAUAUGCGUGA